CAUAUAUAAUAUAGUAAUAUAGUCUAUAGUCUUAAAAUUCUUAUUACAAACAUCUUAACAGAACAAAAAGGAAAGAUGGGAUUCAGAACAUUGCCCCUAUCAUCUUCCCAAAAUGGGAUCUUCCAACAAUCCAUAAUAGCUCCUAAAACCAUGCUCAGACAAAGUUAUAGACAGAGUAACACAGUAAGAGUAGUCUCGGCGAAGAAGGAAGACGACGAGGAGCAACCAAAGAAGACAAAGCAAUCGUUUUUUACGAGUGUCACCGAUGCUUUGGAUUUUGCUCAAGCUAGGUCAGUUGAGGAUGCUCAGCUUAUUGAGGAGGCUAGAGAAACGACUGGCUCAGGCCGUCAGAUGAGUAAAGAACAGUAUGGAGCUCUUCGGAGGAAAAUCGGAGGAACAUACAAGGAUUUCUUCAAGUCAUAUGUCGAAGUGGAUGGGCAAUAUGUGGAGGAAGGAUGGGUGGACAAAACCUGCAAAGUGUGCAAGAAAGAUACAGCAGGUGAAGCAAGGCAAAAGGACAAGCUUGGGAGAUAUGUUCAUGUUGCUUGUCUUGACAAAAAGAAUUCUGGCAACUUUUUUACUAAUCUCUUCUUCAGAUGACCGGAGCUGCUAAUGUUCCUGAAGAAUUUUGUUUCAUAAAGGUCAAUCAUUUGGUAGCAAUAUAUACAGUAUACUUGUAUGUAAUUUCCUACUCAUUGUUCUACAAUCUACAUGUAAUGUUUCAAUGUUGGUUUUCUUGUACGCACUUGCUGUAUUAGCUUGUUCCAUUUGUUUGCCACAAAAAUUGGUGGUACUAUUGAUAUUGUGAAAUAUAUAGACUAAAUUAAUUUUGGUUGAGA